AUGCUUCUGUCUCUGGAAAAUCUCUUGGGCUUCCAUGAAUCUUUUGUGGUAGAGAAAAAUGGUCGGAGUCGUGAAUUUUUCGAUGAGGUUGACCACAUCAACUACCAUCACCGCUUCAACAACGCAGAGAAAUUCAAGGAAAAGCUCGACGCCGGCCGACAUAAGGGCGCGCAGUUCAAGAACGAGAAGCAACGCGACAAAUUUGGAAAGAGUGGACACUACAAAAAAGGUCAUGACCAUCGAGACGAGAAGGGCCAGGUUCGACACUAUGGACAAGAGGAUAAGUACAACCAUGAGAAAAAAUACGGUAAGAAGGACACCAAAGAGGCCGAAAAUAAAGAUGAUGAUGGUCGACAUAAGUUGAAUGGUCUUUACCACGGCGCUCACUCUAUCAUCCAGCCUUGGCAGAAAGAGUUGGAGCUGAGAACUGGAAGUGAGCUUAAUCAUGAUGAUGCUGAUGGUGGUCAGAAACAUAAUAGUGAGGAUGAUGAUGAUCAUGAUGGUGUCGUAGCAGUGCCUCAUUUCCCGCCAAGACACAAAUAUAAUAAUGAUGAAGGUCCAGGGCAGCUCCCAAGUCCACAUAUUAUUGUUUACCAACGACCUUCCAAAACAAGCAAGCCAACUAAAACAUUCACUUCUAAAAAAAUCAAAAACGACAAGAAACCAAGCAAAAAAUAUAAAAAAGUAAAUACUGUUGAUGUGAAAAAUACUGGGCAUGGAUCAAAAAUUCUGCAUAAGAUUCCAUCCUCGAAAAAACCGAAACAUAUUAACUUCAUUACACGCAAUAAAAAAGAUGAAUCGAUUGCUAAAAAGCCGGUCAAAGCGGAAUUGAAACAGAAAGGAAAGUUGAGUAGCUCUAGCGAAGUAGAUUUAACGAAGAAGAAAAACAAUGAAGUUGUGAAAGAAAAGUCAGAAGUGAAAGCUGAAUCCAAAAAGGAGUCUGCAGAAGUGGUUACAUUGACGCCUGAAACUCCUACCACUACUGGUAAGGUGGAACUUAAAGUUGUAGUAUCAGAAGUAGCGAUUGUCGGGCAGAAAAUCGAAGAUAAUAAAAUUCUUUUGCAGGAUGAAAGCUUGAAGUUUGGUCAAAGAAUCAAGCCACUAAAGAGGAAGAGUGAAAACGUUCAGAUAAAUUCUUUACCGUUCCAUUCCAAAGGGGUUACGAAAGAUGGGAAGAAGAUUGAAGUUUUUCGCUACGGAUUUCAGGCGACUCAGAAGGUAAAUGGAACGACGCCUGAAGAGAAAAAAAUUGCUUUAGGAAGCAACACAAAAGAAGUACAAAUCAAGAAAGAUUCAUAUACGCAACCAGAUACUCUGCAGAACUCAAACACUGAAUCCAGCAGCCACUCUACAACCACGUUUACUCCACCAGAUUCUGGGUUGAGUGUUUUUAUUUUAAGUACAAGUGAAAACCCCAUGGUUGAAGUCCAGACCGAUGCACCACCUACUCAGCAAACAGAAAACCACGAAAUCUUAUCUCAAAAACCAUCGCCAGUGAAAAUUGAAGAAACGCCAAUAAUUGAAGUUGUGACGACCACUGUAGUAACAAAUGCCCCCGACCUGACACAAGAAGACUUGAAGAGGAAGCAACAUGAGCUACGUCGGAAACAGCAUCUCAUUCGACUCAAACAACAUCUGCUUCAACAAAAGCAGCUGCAGUUGCAGCAACAGCAACUUCACCAUCAACAUUUGUUGGAGCAACAAAAACAGAUUCUGAAACAACAGCAACAGUUGGUUCAACCUCCGCUUGCGGCCUCGAAUCAAGAAGAAAGGAAUAGGAAGUCAACAGAGAACAGCUCUAGCACUGCAUCAACCGUUGAAUCAGACAGCGAUGACGGCAGUCAACAAGAAGAAGGAAAUGUAAAUGAAAAAUCAAGUGAUGUAGAGGAAGAAAACUCAAGUGCAGAUGAGGAAUCAACAAGGAAAGAAAAUACAGAUUCUGGGACGGUAAAAGUGGUAAAAAAUCCAACGGAUAAAGUACAAUAUGCAAAAACUGUUCAGAGAAGCAGACAUACGGAUAAUUCGGAAGGAGAACACACAGAUAAAGAUAGUAGAAAACGUAAAAAAGCGGAUGAGUCUGAAAGCGUUGAAGAAGUACGAAAACGAGUCAAAACAUCAGAAAACAAUGAAGAACCAAAGGAAAGACAUGAAAAAACAGGCUCCGAUGUUCAUGACGCUGGUAAAGUACAUGUUGUCACGACUGAACAAAGCGCAGUAAAAAGUAAUUACCAUUCUUACGAUAACAUUUUCAGUGACAAACCUGUGGGUGCCAGUGGGAGAUCCGCAAUUAAAAAAGCUUUGCUCUCAGCGCCAGUGGAGGAUAAGGAGCUCUUAAGUAUAAUCGGUAGAGACAUACCUGAGUAUCGUAGGAGUAAAUCCGAGAAACCAUCCUCAUCAAAUUCUAAAAUCCCUAACCCUUCUGGAAUCCUGCAAAGUGAUUCUAAGAAGGCCAUGUCAGAUGAACAUUUCUUGCCUUCUCAUUUUGAGGGCCUCAGAACACCCAAUAUUGAUUUCGAAUCCUUCGGGGAUUUUGGUUUCGAGAAAAAAGACUCUUAAUCGAGAAAGUUAAGAGAAAAAGAUUAAAAAAUGUCCUCAAUUGUUAAUUUUUCAAAUGAAGUUAAUCGUAUGGGAAAGGUUAUAAAGGUUUUAUCCCUCAUAAGAAUCACCAAGCUGGAGAUAUCAACGAUCAAUCACCUUAAAUGAAAUUAGAUCAUUCAUAUAUUUUUUCGAUGUCUUUAGUGUAGCAAAUAUAUUUCUCACCUUGUUUAUAACAUCUAACACAAAGUAAAUCGUCCUUAAAUCAUUUCAUUGUUUAAAGUGAAACUUAAUCGCCAACGAUUUGUUUCGAUAUUUUAACCGAAACUAAAUCGUCUACGUAUUGAUUUUUUGUUUGUAUAAUGCAAGAAUGCAAGGAAUUAAUAGCAGGCGAGGAAUGUUCGGUCACGUGGCAGCAGUGUAAAAUUCACAGUCGAAUCCAGUCUGCAGAAGAGAUGAAUUAACUCACUCCUGAUAAGAGAUAAAUUAGUUUAAUGAAUUAUAUCCAAUAAAUUCAUUGUUUAUCAGUUCAAACAUGCGGAAAAUUUGUAUUUGUUAAGUUUAGUUUUUUGUUCCUCGCUUUUAAAAUAGUAAUAACGACGGUAAGAUUAGAAGAGUAUUUGAAAAGUAAUUUUUCUCAUAAAUUGACAAAUAAAUUAAAUGUAAGUAAUUUCACCUAAUCCUUAAAUAUGUUCGCGGCUUUUGAAAGCUUUUAAUUAAAAU